AUGGUUAAUAUUCCCCAGUGUUUAUAUAGUCUCCAGCAGCAGACCCAGGCCUUUCAGCACUGGGCCAGCUCCACCACCAUGGCCGGCUUCUUGCAGAUGACCCUGGCCUUCAAGAAAUACCUCAUCAUAGUGCUCGUGCCCCUUUUGUCUCUUCCUCUGCCUCUGGCUGUUCCUACCAAGGAGGCCCAAUGCGGUUAUGUUAUCAUAGUGAUGGCGCUGUUUUGGUGCACGGAAGCUUUGCCCUUGGCCGUCACGGCUCUCUUUCCUGUCCUGCUGUUCCCGCUAAUGAAUAUCAUGGAUUCAACAACAGUCUGCCGGGAGUACCUGAAGGACACCAAUAUGCUUUUUAUUGGGGGACUGCUGAUGGCCAUCGCUAUUGAGAACUGGCACCUGCACAAGCGCGUUGCUCUGAGGGUCUUGCUUAUCACUGGUGUCAGGCCAGCCCUACUUCUCAUGGGUUUCAUGGCUGUGACAGCCUUCCUCUCGAUGUGGAUCAGCAACACCGCCACCACCGCCAUGAUGGUCCCCAUAGCACAAGCAGUGUUGGAACAGUUGCACAAGUCCGAAAUUGAGUCUAGCAACACAGCUGGCCAAACAUCUGAAAACAUCAACAAAGCCUUUGAACUUCAGGAAGAGCCGACCAAAUCAGAUCUCUCCAAAGAAGCAGAGGAAAAAGGUAACAGCCAUGUCCUGACAGUCGAGGAAGACAGAAAAAGGAAUGAAAAUCUGAUAGAGGAGAAACACAAGAAAUUCUGCAAGGGAAUGUCUCUCUGUAUUUGUUACUCAGCCAGUAUUGGAGGGAUUGCAACUCUGACCGGGACAACACCGAAUCUGGUACUGCAAGGACAAGUUGAUGAGCUCUUUCCCAACAACGGCAACAUCAUCAACUUUGCCUCUUGGUUCUCCUUCGCCUUCCCCACCAUGAUCGUGUUACUGGUGUUGACGUGGAUUUGGCUGCAGAUACUGUACCUGGGCUUUAAUUUUCGGAAGAAUUUUGGUUGUACUUCAGAUGCCUCUGCAAAGGCUAAGGAGCAGCGGGCCUAUGACAUUAUCAAGGAAGAGAGCAAGAAACUGGGCUCAAUGAAAUUUGCAGAAAUAGCAGUUUUGAUCCUCUUCAUUCUACUGGUGGUGCUCUGGUUUACGAGAGACCCUGGUUUCAUACCAGGUUGGGCAACAGUUCUUUUCAACAAAAAUGACACGAGCUAUGUCACUGAUGCUACAGUUGCCAUCUUCAUUUCAAUUUUGCUGUUCAUCAUCCCUUCCAACUUUUCUAAAAAAGACAAGCAACAAACAGGUGGCAAGUCGAAGUUCAAAGCACCUCCAGCUCUCUUGGAAUGGAAAGUAGUUCACGAGAAAAUGCCAUGGAACAUUGUGUUUCUGCUGGGAGGUGGCUUUGCCUUAGCCAAAGGCAGUGAGGAAUCUGGUCUGUCUUCAUGGUUAGGUACCAAACUGACUCCUCUGCAGCAAAUCCCUCAUCCAGCUAUUGUUCUCCUGUUGUGUCUCCUUAUUGCCACUUUCACCGAGUGCACCAGCAACGUGGCCACCACAACCCUCUUUCUCCCUAUUCUGGCUUCAAUGGCUGAAGCGAUCUGCCUCAAUCCACUCUAUGUCAUGCUGCCCUGUACGCUUUCUGCAUCGUUGGCGUUCAUGCUCCCAGUGGCCACUCCUCCUAACGCCAUUGUCUUCUCAUACGGACAACUCAAGGUUAUAGAUAUGGCCAAAGCUGGGUUUAUACUCAACAUCCUCGGAGUCCUGACGAUAACUCUAGCCAUCAACACCUGGGGUUCGUCUUUGUUCCAACUGCAAACUUUCCCAUCUUGGGCAAACAGGACAGGUACAUGCCCAUAA